GGGACCUGUCCUUGGAGCUGCUCAACACAGUGGCCGUGGCAGUAGGUCUGGGGUUUCUGAGUUUGGCUCUGUUGACCUUUGCCCUUUGUCGACGGAACCCAAGAGUAAACAACACUGCUCGGAUAAACUUAAGCUUAAACCUGCUUCUGGCUCACUUCAUCUUCCUGCUCACACAGAGUUUCUUGGAGUACAUACAGACUAAUAAGUUGGCUUGCGUAGUACUGGCAGGUGUUCUUCACUUCCUCUUUCUCUCUGCUUUUGUGUGGAUGUUCAAUGAAGGUGUGCUGCUCUUCCUCUCAGUGAAGAACCUCACAAAGAUCAGAUCAAAGCAGAAGGAGGUGCUUAGCUGGAAAUAUCUGCUAGUGAUUGGAUACGUCAUUCCUCUGACUGUGGUGGGCGUGUCUGUUGGACUGUUUCCUGAUGGUUAUGGCAGUGAACAGUGCUGGAUUAAGACAGACAGGAACUUUAUGUGGAGUUCUCUGGGUCCUGUAUGUUUUAUUCUUACACUCAACCUAAUACUUUUCAUGGCCAUCAUCAUUACUCUGAGAACCACCAUGGCAGGACUGAACAGUGAACAUUCCAAAAUCAAAGAAAUCAAAAUUCUUGUCUUCAAAACCCUGGUGCAGUUUGUCAUCCUCGGUUGUCCCUGGAUCCUGGGGUUCUUCACACAGGGCAGUAAGGUGUUGGAGAUUGUCUUCCUGUUUCUCAACUCCAUCUUCCUGGUCCACUGUGUCUUCAACCAAGAGGUCAGUCAUUGA